AUGGUUAAACGACGUCCUAGUAAAGGUAGUAAAUUAAAAUCAAAAGAAAGACUCGAAAAAUUCAAAAAUUUUGUAAAGGAAAAGCGCGAAAUGUUCACUCCAAGAAUCACAAAAGAACACAGUGAAGAAAACGAAGAAAAGGAACAAUCAAGAUUCGAUCUGGCGGAAAGUACUUUACAACUUACAAAUGAUUUAAGUGAUUUUAAAGAAAGAAAAAAACGUUUGGAGGGUAGCGCGGCCAGUUUGGAAGAAAUGGAGUAUCAUUUGAAACAAAAGUAUUUGGAGGAUUUGGAAAAAAUCCUAGAUGAAAUCGGAGAAUUGUGA